AGGAGGAGCCAAUCCGCGACUUCUCCCUAGAAUGCACACCUCGAACAUCUUGCCUAUCUCCACAAUCAAGCUAAGGUACUAUCUCAAGACGUGGAGAGCGUAACCAAACACCACCAUCAACAUCACCAUAACCCAGCCUUCUUAUCGAUAACCAAACCCUCCCAAAUUCCACCACCCCACGUCACACCCUUCUCCCCUUCACAACAACACCACAGUCCUUACCACGAUGUCUGAUCUCACCGCCCCCGAUCCUACCGCCGACACUCACUCGCCCCUCGAAGCGCUCCAGCAGCGGCACCUCAAAGAACAGCGCGACCUAGCCUCGCGCAUCACGCAGAAAAAGAAACAGGCGACCAAGAAAAUGCGCAAGGGUGUUAAUGACGAGUGCGAGCGGCUGGAGCGCGAGCUGAGAGAAAGGCAGGCGGAGGAGGCGCGGGCCUUGAGCGGCGAAGCAGCUCCCGUGGAAGAGGAAGAGGAAGAGGAAGACGUGGAAAGUGGGCGAGGGGAGGAUGCUAAGGACGAGGUGGUUGAUGUGAAGAUCGAGGGGCUGCGUAUAAAUGGGCGUGCAACGUCCUCGCCUACACCGUCUGCACCGCCGUCUACACCAGCACAAAGCGAGCCAGGGCAGGGCAAGAAGAAGAACAGGCAGAAGGAGCGCCUAGCGCGGCGCAAAGCAGAACAAGACGCCGCCAUUGCGCAAGCAGAAGAAGAAGCCCGCAACGCGCCGAAUCCACGAGAACUCGAGAAACAGCGCUUCGAGCCGCUCCUCCGCCAGAAGGGACUGCAAUUGCAUGAAGUUCGCGCGGAUGGACAUUGCCUGUACGCCGCAGUCGCCGACCAACUAAGCACCCGCAGUCUCGACCUGACGCCCAAGAUCCCCAUUACGAUCGCGGACUCUGAGAAGGCAUUGCCAUAUAAGAAGACCAGACAUGCGGCGGCGGGGUGGAUAGAGGGGCACAAGGAGGACUUCGAAGCGUUUAUGGAAGACCCGCUCGCAGAACACGUCAGGAAAAUCAGGGAGACAGGUGAAUGGGGCGGACACUUGGAGUUGCUCGCGCUGGCGAAGAGCUAUGGGGUCAGGAUAUGUGUUCUACACAGUGACGGACGCGUGGACAAGAUUGAGGAUGAGGCGGCGCAAGGGGACAAGGAGGAAAUUUGGCUGGGCUACUACAGGCACAGCCAUGGGUUGGGCGAGCACUACAACAGUCUGCGCAAAGCGGAAACGGCAGAGGCGUGAUCGGUCUGGACCUGGUUUAUGGUGGCAUUGAGGCUUUGGUUGAGAUUGGAUUUGGGGAGCGGAUCUAGGAGUCUACGUAUGCCGCCACACGCUCACACCA